GACGCGCUCGGCACGGCUGCAGGAGAGGUCCCCACUGCUGUCGCGCUGCCGCCGACGCCAGUCGUUGUACGGUCGACGGGCCGGACGGAGCACUUACUACCGCGUUGUACCGCAGCAGCAGAUGCCCUCGGCCGUGAUACGCAUGCCGCCGGCCGCCGGACCGCACCGGGCCGGCCACCUGAACGAGCGGGGCAACCGGGGCGUCCGGAUCUGCUGCUGCCGCGUGCUGACCUGCGUCAACCUGGACUUUUUCGUGUCGAAGAACGGCAUCCUGAAGUGUUUCGAGCUGGUGCUCGGCUGGUUCUGCCAGACGAUGCUGGUGCAGUUCGGCAUGGACUCGGCGAAGGACAUCGGCGAAGCGUUCUGGGGCUUCCUGACGACCUGCUCCGCCUUUCUGCUCACCACCACGAUACUGCUGCUGUGCUACACCGUCUCCGCCCGGACGUUCCAUCUCGUGCGCCAGUCAAUCUUUGAAGUGGUGUACAACGGGCUGGCCUGUGUGAUGUAUCUAAGCGCCUCCUCCUACCUAGGGUUCGCCGUCAACGUGUUCCUCUAUCCCAAGUUUCUGAUGUUCAAAACGACCGGCGGCAUCCACAGUGCGUACCCCGCAAUGACGGCCGUCUACUACAUGGGCGGUAUCGUGGGGCUGGUGUACGGUGUGGACACGUUCGUCGCCUACCGCCAUCUGAAAGGAUUCGCGUGAUUGAGGCGUCCUGAGUUCUCGCAGCACCAGAUUGCAGCCCGUUCGGGCGCAUCGCUUCUGCUUCCGCCUGCAUUUAAGCCUGACGCGCACGGGGCACUGAGAAGAGGGGGAAG